AUGAGUGAAAUAACAGUGGACACCAACAGUACAGUGCUUGAAGAAUACGAGGUUAGAGAUAAAAAAGGAAGACCAAACGAUGUUUGGAAUGGAGAGGUUGAUAAGAGCAUCGUAUAUGCAGGCAUGGAGGCCAUUUUCACUUGCUUCUCUCUCAUUUCUUAUGUAUCUGCUAGCCGAUUCUCAUCAGUUAUUUGCCGUGGACGUAUUGGUGUUUGGCAUUGCGAACCUGGUUGCAGAUGGAAUAUCAUCAAGCCUUGGCGACAUUUUGUCUACUGCCACAAAGAAAGACUUAGCUGUCAAGGAAAUGGCAGUGACCGAGUGGGGGAACUAAAUAAUCAUGGAAAACAACAACAGCUCCUUCAGCAGUAUCAAAACCUUGGCAUGAACGUCAACGACGCUAAAACGAUAUUCGCCAAGUAUAACGACAUUAUGAGAGACCAAAAGAUGACGGCGGAGAAAGGGGUGAUGUCGCCUGACCAAGUAGAGCAGACGCCGUGGAAGAACGGUGUCGUAACGUUCGUGGCAUUUGUGGGUUUCGGCUCUGCACCUCUCUCGUCUUUCAUCAAGCCAUUUACGAACAAUGAGUGGGUUAUGUUUGUUGGAGCUAGCUUCAUGUCCUCCAUUGCGCUUACCUCUCUUGGUAUAAGAUUGGUGGCAAAAGCUAAGCAGUGUUGGUGGGUGUGGUCCUUUUGA